AUGUAAAGACUUUCAUCUUUAUUUUUUGGAUUUGGAUUAGGAAUUAUAGGAAUGAGUUUAUUAUUAGAUCCUUGGGAAUAAGUAUUAAAUAAUCUCUAAUUAUAGGAAAGAUUUGAAAGAAUGGUAAGAGAAACAGCUAGAUUAGAAAAUUCAAUUCUUAGUAAUGUUGAUGUGUAUCUUUCAAUGAGGAAUGUGCUUGGAUAUGUUUUUAUUGCAUGUUCAUUUAUAACAAUGAAUCGGUAUUUUUUAUUAAAAUUUAGAAUUGCAAUUCUUUAUAUUCUUCAAAUUCCUGUCUUAUUUCUCUAUGCUGCAAUCAAUUAUAACCAUAUAUUAUAUAAAUCUGAAAGAUUUGGAGGUUAUUAAAUCAUCUUAGGUGCUAUGUUAUUCCUUGCAAUAAGUGGAGCAAUAUGUGAUAGUUUGAUUAGCCCUAAGAUUUUGGAUAUUUCAUCUGAGAAUGAAAAAACUUCAGAAAAAGUUAAAAAAGAAUGAA